UGUCGAACUGUCGGAUCAGAAAAUAAUGUGCCUGCCUGCCCGAGAAAUAGACAUCGAUUCCAAGUGUGAAUACGGAAUAAUGUGCAGUUCAGUUUCAGUUUGAAAUCGAAAACACUUGCUAGCAGACGACAACAACAUACAACAGCAAUCAGAGAGGGAAACACCAUGAAGAUGGUCGAUAAGUCGUCCAAGUUGGUGGAUAAAUUCGCCGCUGUGGCCAGCAGCGGCAGUGGUGGUGGUGGUGCUGCCGCCAGCGGACCGCUCAACAUGCCCGCCGGAGGAGGAGCUGGCAGCGGUGGAGCCGGCUCGGGCUCCGGCGGAGGUGCGCCAGGUACGGCGGGACUGUCCGGUGGCGGAUUCAGCGGCCAGAAGCCAGUGCCCAUGAAGCUCUUCGCCGCCUGGGAGGUGGAUCGGACGCCGCCCAACUGCAUCCCACGACUCUGCUCGCUGACAAUAACGCGUCUGACCAUUCUGUCCCCCUUGCCCGGAGACACCACAUCGCUCUCCUUGGCGGUGAAGAUGCAGAGCUCGAAGCGGACACUGCGCAGCCACGAAAUUCCCAUUAAUGGCAGUGCCCUGACCUCCUCCGCCGCCUUGCAGGGCAACUCCCCGGCCGCUGCAGGGCAGCCCGGCAGUGCAGGCACUGGCGUAGGCGCGGGCGUGGCAGUGCCUCUGAGUGAAACCGAACUGGAUCUGCACUUCAGCCUGCAGUAUCCGCAUUUCAUCAAGAGAGAUGGCAACAGACUGGUUAUUUUGCUGCAACGCCGCAAAAAAUACAAAUCACGCACCAUUUUGGGCUACAAGACACUGGCCGAGGGCAUCAUCCGGAUGGACGCAGUGCUCCAGAAGUCGAUGGACAUGAUUAUUGAGCUGACGGCUUCCGGAAAGAAUGGCAGGCCGGGCACCGUGGUGGCCUGUCUGCGCGCCGAGCGCGUCUCUUCCAUUCCAGUUGACCAUGACAAUAAGAACAACAACAGCGUCCUGCUGGCAGAUCGCGUUGCUGAGUACUCGGACGAGGACGAGGAGGUCGAGUUCAGUUCCGGCGAGUUCAACGACGAGGCCAACGAGCUGGGCCUGAUCCGCGGCUACGAUCCCAAGGAUCCAAGGGACUACAAUCAUCCGGCCAAGCAUGAUAUGCGCAAGUAUCGAAACAAGUUGCAGCGCUCCGGUAUCGAGGACUGCGCCCUAGUGCCAUCCGGCAUCCAGCACCAUCAUCCCGGCGUGGGCGUUGACAGUGAUAGCGAGUUCGAGAUGAAGGACAAGAGCUCGUCACGGGCCAAGUUUAGCCGGACCAUUUCGCUCCAGCAGCGGAACUUCAAGCAGAAGAUCGUGGCCCUGCUGAGGCGGUUCAAGGUCAGCGAGGAGCUGGAGGGCGAGUCGGGUCACCAGCGUACGGUGGCUGCCCUCCGCGGUGAACGGGAUCUGGACGCACUCUUCCAGGAGCUGGAGUCGCUGUCGUGCUGCGAGGGCGAUGACUCUGGCCCGGAUAUGGACAGCAUAUCGGUGGGCUCGACCCCGAAGCCGUCGCUGCGUCCCUUCUUCACCAACUCGCGGAUCAUGCUGCACGACAACAUGACCGGCAACGGAGGCGAUCUGAGCCAGGGACUGGGCGGCGGUGGUUCCGGGCCGGGAAUUGGACCAGCGGGAAACUCUGAGCGCCGAUCAUCGGAUAAGAGCGACCAAUUGACCAAUUCAUCUUACAAUCUUGAAAAUAACAAAAACCAAAAAUGCAUUCAUUUAACAAACAAUAACAAUUCGGCAACAACACCAGACCGUGGCAACGAGAGCUCCGGAAACGAGGCCAAUACCGGCUAUAAUGACGGCCAGACUUCAGAUCCCCAGAACAGCCCGCCUCGGGACAAGGACUACAUGCGUCUGCAGCAGCAACAACUAACCCCAGUCAGCUCCGUGGCCGCCAGCAUGGCCAGUGGCAACCUAGUAACCCCCGCGCAGACGGAGAAGCGGUCCCGCCUGUUUCGGACUUCCAGCAAUACACCCGUGGUGACGGGAAGCGGCGGCAACAGCGCCAGUGCUAUUAGUGCCUCCGGGGGUGGCAAAAGGAAGCACACCCUCAGCCUGAGUGCUGAGCCCAGGUCCGUGCUGGAGACCUGCCUGUCGCCCACCAAUGUGGAGCCACGCAAGCUGUUGCUCGACCAGUUGAAUCGCGUGUUCGCCGGCGAAGACAGUGUCAUACCAGAGGUGUUGACCAUCAUCAGUCCGCCAGAGGCCCUGGGUGGUAGUGGGCUCUUGGCCAAGCUGGUCACGCUAUUCGCCAACUCCUUUAAGCCGGCCUUCGUGCCGCAGAACACGGCCGAGGUCAAGGCGGUAUUGCAGGCGCUUAUGGCCAAGAUCCAGAAGUACUGUAACUCCAAUGCCAAGCCACCACACACGGUCAAGGUGCUGCUCAUCGGCGGGGACUGGCUGCAGGGUGCCACCCUGCGGCACUACGUGGAGCUUAUGGGUGUGCGCCCGCCCGACUGGCUGAACCAUCUGCGUUUCUAUCUGGUACCGAUCGGCGGUAGUUGCGGCAAUGUGGCGCGCCACCUCAGCCAGAUGGACCAGGCGUAUGCCGCCAUGUUUGGCUCCGACAACUGGACCCAGUUGUGCGAACGAGCGGCUGCCACGGCGGCGGCAGUCAGUGCCGUCACCACCGUGAAUGCUACCGCCUUGACAGCCAAUCUGGCGGAUGCGGCCGGGGUGAACAAGUCGGACAUUGCAGAGCUGGUGCAACGCAUCCAACGGUACUUGCUGGCAGCAGGACCCUGCACCCAGAUUCCCAUUGCCGAGGCCAUGGUUAACUACAAGGACGAAGACUCCUGCCAGAUUUUUGUGCCGUUUGUCAGCGAUGUUCGCAUUGGUUACUUGGAUGCCCAAGCCUCGUUGGAUCUUGAGGAGAAUGCAGGCGGCUCGAGCGCUAUCGGCAGUGCAUUGGGCUUGGGCUCCAGUUCGGCUAUUCCUAUUGGUAGCCAGAGUUCGCCCAAUGUUCAUGGCGUGGUGUCGGGCUCGCCGCCCCAGCAACAGCAGCUGAUUAUGGGACGCAUCUCACCACCGCUGCAGACGCCACCAUCGUCCGCAUCGUCCCACCGGGAGCGGAUUGCAAGCGAGACUUUGAGCACGCCAUCGUCGCUGCAGCAGCAAACCUUCAGCGGAGCAUUGGCUGCCGCCGAGGCUGUGGAGCUGCAGGUGGACUAUUGGCCGGUGGUGCGGCCGGGCGAGGGGCAUGCCAAGGAAUCGAAGAGCGGCAGCGGAUCGAAGGGCGGUGAUGCCGGCGGCAAGAAUAGCAUUAAGAGUACGUUUAGGAACCUGCAGGUGUGGCGACUGCCACAGCAUGCACAGCAAUUGGGUGAUAUGUUUAAUGGACUGACUGUUAGUUUCGCCACCAAGGAGAAGAAGCAGAAGCAGAUUAUGCGCCUAGGAAAGAAGAAGGACAAGGAGCGUGAUCUCGAGAAGGAGCAGUGUGUGGAGGGUGUGGCCCGUCUAAUUUGCUCACCCAAGCAAUCGCAUCCGGUGCCACUACGAGUGUACAUCGAUGGUACUGAGUGGACGGGCGUCAAGUUCUUCCAGGUCUCGUCGCAAUGGCAAACGCAUGUCAAGAACUUUCCCAUUGCACUCAUCGGCUGCACGCCCAUGUCCUGUGCCGAAUUAUCCUAGUCAUUUUAAUCCCCACGCUCAUACGGGACACGCAACGUUCCCGGAUAGGAAACAGAGACACACACAAAACAGAAAUUGAAACUAAAUACAAAAAAUACGUGCUUGGAGCAAGGGAGUCAGACACUUGCGCGGCAAUAAAUAUUAUUAAAUGAAAAGAAUGAUAAUUUAUUUAUAAUUAGUAUUUGUAAAUUUUUAGUUAAUAAACCAUUAGUAUGUACUCCA